GACCUCGCCUAAUGCAACCGUCGUGAUCGGGAGAAGCAGUUUAUGCCUAGCUGGACUAUCUUUGACCAAACUAUGCUCAAACUUCUUCCGUUGCGAUGUUUUUUUAGUCUGAAAGAAUAUCCGGAGUAGCCUGCCCUGGUUUAGAACCUGCGCAAGGUAAAUACAAAAACAGUUUAACGGAUUUUAUUCUCAUUUGCGUGUGCACAAUCUUCAUUAGAGAUGAACCAUGGCGGGCAAAGCGGCGGUGACUUUCCGUUUGGGCCGAACGUUGUAAAAGAAUCGGGAACCUAUGGAAAUUGUGUCCUCUGUGGAUUAACUUUAAACCAUGAGCGAUAUCCCCAACUUCUUCCCUGUUUGCACUCUAUUUGUCAAGCAUGCCUGCCCCCAGACAAUCCAGGGUUGCAGAAAGAUCUCUCUAUCUCUCCAGCAUGUCCGUCCUGUGACCUGCCAUUUAAUAUUCUGGAAGUCAAAGAUAAUCUCUUUAUUAAAAACUCUUCCAACGAACUCUGGACUGGUAAUGUCCAGUGUACCUGUUGUGAGGGGUUCGUGGCGAGUGGCUGGUGUGUGGAGUGUGGAGAGGCGCUGUGUUCGGAGUGUGUAUCUGCACACAGGAGAGUGAAGGUGACGAAGGACCACACUAUCCGGCUCCAACCCCCAACAGGAGUCUCCGCCCCCACAGUGUUUUGUCCCACACACAAACAUGAGCCAAUCAAGCUCUUCUGUUUGACCUGCGAUCAGCUGACCUGUCGAGACUGCCAACUAAUGGAUCACAGGAACCACAGUUUCCAGUUCCUACAUGAGGCGAUGGUCAGCCAGAAAGAUCAGCUUCAGUCCCUGGUGCAGAGAGUGAGGCAGCAGAGAGUUGCAGUGAAACAGAGUCUCCUGGACAUGGAUGGCAGAUUGCUAGACAUAACACAACUCAAGUCAAAGCUGAGGGAGAGCCUGAAGAGAAUGCUUCUUGCCACUGUUCAACUCUUGAAAUCGAGAGCCAUGUCGCUCUACAGCAACAUAGAGACAAUGUGUAAUGCCGAGGUGGCAGGGAUCGAGACGAGACGGAGUGCACUAAACAGACUGGGGCAGAGGCAGGAGUAUGUUGCUGACUUUGCUGAGAAAGCCCUGAAUGUGGAGGACUUCUUUGCCCUGCUCUCCUGCAAAGGGCAGAUUGGAUCCCAGUUACAGCAUCUCUUGACUCAGAGUACUGAGCCCCCGGGGACCAUGCUUAAGUUGCAGCUGGUGAUUACUGAUGACUUCAAGAAACAAAUAGCUUCCUUUGGUAAACUUUUGGGUGAUAUUGUUCCCUUUGCCCAAUCACAUGUUAGUCAAGACAACCCCAUGGAAAACCAAGAAAGACCCAAUGCUCCCUCUGGCCAGACUUCUUCCAGUGCUCCUAACAUGUCCAUCCAUUCUGUUCCCCCUCAUAACCCUGUCUUCCAGCCCCCACGCCCCUCUUACACUGCCCCAUCCAACCCCCUCAGUCAGCCCUCAACUUCCCAGCCCUGCACCUCCCGUGAGCCUCCUCCUUAUCGCUCCCUGCCUGUCCACACCCCUUCAAACCUUCCAUUGAGCCAUCCUGUGACACCCCAGCCCUGCCCAUCUACACUAGCACCAUCUCACCCCUCCCUGAAUAUACAUAAUCCACCAUUCUGUCUUCCAUCAAACCCUGCCCAGCCAUCACUUGUCCCAGCACUUCAUGUCCAAUCAGCGUUGGUCCCCACAAACCAUGCCCAGCUAUCCCCUGUUCAGCCUCCAAAUUCCCCAUCUCCCCAAUCACUGAUCGAAGCCACACCUAGACUUUAUGGUAUGUUCAAGGCAACUCCCCCACCUGCACCUGGACGAUCUCGGAGAGGUAAGGAUGGAAAGUCCUGGACGUUCCACUCGUACUCACCUGUAGAGAUCUGCCUCCCACCUUCUGGCUCCUCCUCUCCUGCAGCCGUAGCUCAGCAUCAGAAUAGGAACUUUCCAGAAUCGCAGCUACUGUGGAUUCUCCAUCAGCCUCCCCCUGUAAACCCCAUCCCUGUCCUCCCGGUUAAGGCCCUAGCAGACUCCCCCUGUGAUAGAAGCCUGCCUCCUACUGGUCUGGCAGACCCUGACCCAAACUCUCAGGCCAGGGAGAACGAGCCUACCUCUACUGUCACUGAAUUAGAGACUGACACAGAGGCAGACAGUGCAAUCGAGUUGGAGGUCCCGUCAGCCUGGGGUGAUAGAAAGGCAUCUGCCUGCUUGGACAGUACUUCUUCAGAUCUGCCGUUCACAGGGACUUUGUCUACUGAGAGGACUUCUAAUCAUCUCUCUCACAGUGUCUUAACCCACACCCACCACCCCAAAGAAGAAACUGACAUGGACCCUAACAGUAAACCCUAUUCUGUGGGUAGGACCCAUACUGCCCCCCACAACAAUAAAAAGAUAGCUUAUGACCAACAACAUGAGGACGCUAAGGCUAUCAGGUCACUUCAUCGGCAUGUGAAUAACUGGAGAACUGAGCUACCAACACGCAUUAGAGUGCUACUGGAGGGCCCCUCUCCAAGCCCCAACAGGACAGGUUCGGUGGAGGGCCCCUCUCCAAACCCCACCAGGACAGGUUUGGUGGUGGCCUCUGAAAUGCCAACCAGGCAACCCAAUACCACCGAGCCACCGAGCUUGACCAAUGGCAACAAUGUUAACAACUCAAGGUACUGGCAACCCAGGGUCUUGAUGUUUCGGCUACCCAUCUCCACCCCCACUCCUGGAAGCGCUCUUCCUCAGUUCCUGCUCGUCCAAGGGGCCAGCAAAAAUGAGAUUAUUCUGCAAGAGAUUGCAGAAGACCACCAGUCCCAUGGCAAUGACAUCACACCACCAGAGUCAGACAACCUCCUCUGGACUAAGGCCCUGUCUUCCCCAGAGAGUCCCCCACUGCUCCAGUAUGUGACCUGUGCGGCCUGCCACACUGUUGGCGGUUCGCUAUUCUGUGUGGAGUGUGGGAGGGGCUACCACCAAGAUUGUCAUAUCCCACCCAUUGGUCCUUCCUUCUGGGAGGAGUGGAAGUGUUCACUUUGUCAGGACCUGGCCGACACCACAGACCCCUACAGUGAUGACAGGCACAGGACUAUGUGCCUCAGCCUAGCAGACCAGAGGAAAUGUGAGCAUCUCCUACUCUUUCUAAGGUGUGAGAAUGACAGAAACAUUCUUUGCAGCAUGGCUGAGCCCCCCUCAGAUUCAAUAUGUCUUGACUCCAUACAUGGAAGGCUGCUACAACAUCGAUCACCCCCUUACCGUACCCCCUCCGAAUUUGUCUCUGACGUCUGGGUCCUUUUCGACACCAUGUUGAUGAACUCAAAGGACCAGGAGUUGGUUGUCACGCUACGAGGCAGCUUUCAGAGGAAGUUAGGGGAAGUGUUUGGGACAGCUCUCCACCCCUCCCUCCUCAGCCACCCUAACAGCAGCUGGACUGAGACGGGGGAACCUGAGGAACCAACAGCUGCAGAGUCUCUGAAGAGGAUGAGGGAGUUGGUGAAUAUGACCAAAGUGCCAAAAGCUAAGAAACAUCACUCCCAGGUCAGAGUUGAAACAGAUGAAAAUGAAACUAAUGUGAAAAAAAUGAAAAAAGAUGCAGACUGAAUAAUGGCCAUUGAAGUGGAGUCUCAGAGAUGCUAUGUUAGUCAAUUAUAUACAACUGACAUUGUACUUUGUUUCAUUAAAUUAAAUACAAAAGGGA